AGUUCUCUAUUGUCAUUGUGCAACAGGUUAAAACUCUGUUUCGUUGGCAAAUUAAAAUGAAUCUACUACACGGUUUGUUUUUGGUGCUAUUCAGCGUUGAAUUUUCGGAACUUCAAGGAAAUUAUGGCUUUUUCUCGCAAGCUCUUCUCAAGGGCGAAGUAAUUGAAAACAUGUCACAGGCAAAGUUUGUAGCUGGAAUCAAUGCCCCUACAAGAUAUUUGUAUCUAUUCAAAGACAAGUCAACUGAUGCUUAUAGAGCAAUGCUGUCUGAAUGUACCGCAUUUAUUCUGUCAAAAAAGGAAAUUAUCACGAAUGCUCAUUGUGUGGCUGGCGCCCCAUAUAUUUAUGUGGUAGUUGGUACGAAAGUUGCAUUGGAAAAAAACCUAAUCAAAGUCGAAAAAGAGAACAUUGCAUAUCACCCUUAUUAUAGUCAUUUACUUGUUGGUGCAUUUGAUAUUGCCAAAAUUACACUGAAAACGCCGUUAGAAUUCAGCGAUACCGUUGGCAGUAUUGAACUCGUGGACAAGGAUUACAAAUUGAAUAACUCAUCAGAAGUGGUCACUGUCUAUGGGUAUGGCGUGUUCAAUUCACCAAUGAUAUUGAGGCGUUGCGAUGCAAACUAUAUAUCUGACGUCGAACGGGCCAACACAUUUAGUUCAGUUCAGACUUUGUACUUUACCACUGGCGAAGCUACGAACGAUGGCAUCUAA